AUGGAUUUGUUGGCAGCCUUAGAUAUUAUACGCAAUGCCCCCGACGAAUCUCUUCAUAUAUACGCUACACAGACAAUUUCAACUCUCAAAUUGAUUGAGAAGCGCUUACAGCACUUCUUACCAGCAAAUUCACCUAUCGUGGUCGACAGCCCAGCAUCCAUCGAGUUCGCUCGGUCGCAGUCGCCCGCAAAUGCAGAGGUGCCGUGUUCACUCUACAAUCAUUUUCUGAGCCCUCCUGAACGCCCUACAAGUCCUGCAUCUCAAAAUGAUCAUCGUGUGAGCCAUAGCCCCCACGCCUCACCGCAAGGCUCCCCGGGGACAGGAAUAUCAUCAACCACGGCCUCCUCGAACCAUACGACCACCAAUUUGGAGCCUCUCCUAGAUGGUAUAAAAAAUCACACGUACUGGCUUCUCGCUGCCAAAGAGCUCGAAGAUGAUGCGAUUAUACCGCACAAUCGAAGUUCGGAAGAUAUUCGUUUGGAAGAUAUCAGACGCGCUGAGGGUGCCAGAGUAAGCGACCAGCAAUCGAAAAUACGACGUGUGCUUGCACUUAGAUCCCUGGCAACAGAGUACGACAAAGACCAGGCAGAAAAGAGGAUUUCUCCAACGAGACUUGAGGAGCUUUGCGCCUACGUGUCUUCUCCUGAAACUUCAACUCUGAACCUCAAAGCCAACCACACUGUCAAAGACUCGUUCGAAACCAAAGCCUUAAAUAGUGGGCUUAGGCAUUUAACGAUCGAAAGGACACUGAAUGCCCGUCUUAAGAGUGAUGGUUUGCCGGGAAGCUACGAAGCAAUUUCCGCCGUGUUAGCAUUGAAUAUACAUAAUUUUCGAUGCUUGCGUUACCAAGAUUUCUCCGCAGUCUUGGAUGAGGUAAAAUCAAUGCAAGUUCCUGUUAGCAGGAAAAAGAGAAAACGGAGUAGAAAGACAACAGAUGAACGUACUACGCCUCUACUGCCCUUGUUGCAAGAUCUGAGCCAAUGGUUUGGACGAUUACAAGAAAAAUAUGAAGUCACAGAUGACGCUGGCAUUCCACCAGAUAUCUUUGACGAGAUCCUAGCUCAACCGGCCAACAUUUGUGCUUUGAGCUCGGAUACUUUUAAUUUCGAUGAUAUUUGUUCUUGGGAUACGCGACAUUUGCCAUUUGCUAUGCGAUGGGACUAA